CAAACACACUCGUCAAGACUCAUAAACUCUAAAAGCAGAGUCCUGUCAAUUUGAAAACACUUUUUUCAAAUCAGUUUUCAUGACAAAAGGAUUUUAGUAAUUAUAUGACAAGUCCAGCAGUAAGCAGAGGCAGGUUACCAAUAACUCCAUCUUUCACUCACAAUAGAUGUCAAAGACUUUGACAGUGUGGAGACACAGGCGCCACGGUGGUGAGGUUCCCAGCAGCAGGAGAACAUCCAGGGAACACCCAGACUUCAUGUGGCUGCGCUUCGGAGGGGUGAGGAUGAGUUCAGUGUCUGCCUGGCCAGUUGUCAUUCAGGACCAAAGAUGGUUCCAUUGGGUGGUGGAUGUGGUGAUGCCAACUAGCACUUGACCGACUAGUACAUGAAGUCUUCAGCUGGUCCAGAAUACACCUAUUGACAGUAAAAAAAAAAAAGUGAAAAAGAAGUCAGCUGGUUUUACAGCUUCCUCUGAUCUUGUAGUUCCUCCAGAACACUUUGCCAGCUGACACCAGACAAUCACCUUGUCUUCAGUUCUGGGCUUCAGACGUGGUCCAGUUGGGUAUUAAUUCACCAAUAAACUAUAUAUUAUAAUUUUAUCCUGCAUUCCCUGUAAUUUGAAUGAAUGAAUUUGCUUUGUGUUUUUGAUACAUUUUAUGUUGUUUGUAUUUGUGAACACGUCCACUGUGUCCGAGCUGUUCAGGUCCUGUGGGUGUGAUGGACAUCGAGCAGGAGCUUCCUUUGAUUGGUGACUUUUGUUGCAUGUUGGAGGAGCCGUUUGAGUGCAGGAUGCUCACUGGGGGUGGCUGGUGCUGCUGAUGGAGGAGGAGUGUCGUGACACGGCCCUCAGCCUGCACCAAUGGACUGCAGGGUCCAGAUCAACUCCCAUUUCACACAAAUCUACUUCAAAACUGGUUCAGGACAUCAGGGAUCAGUUCUGUCCCAGCUGAGGAGGAGCUCUGUCUCAGUAUUUCAUAAGACCCUGACAACUCUCAUUGGGUUGAGAUGAACGUCAAUGGAGAAGAUGGAGAUAACGUUACGCAAUCCAAGCGCCUGAAUGGAACUGGUUUCAGUGUGACGAGCAGCGUUUAUCCCACCAGAGUCAAACUCCACAGGCACAAAUGGGAAGUGAAGCCCUCAGAGAUGGCGAACAACACACUCAAUCCCAUCAGAGCCAUUGUGGACGGGAUGAAGCUCAGCCCAAACCCACAUAAACCCAUGAUUGCACUUUCCAUAGGCGAUCCCACCGUGUUUGGAAACCUGCCUACAGACGACGCAGUGCUUCAGGCCAUGAAAGACGCCAUAGACUCCCACAAAUACAACGGCUACGCUCCCUCUGUCGGUUACCAGAGCAGCAGACAGGCGGUAGCUACGUUCUACAGCCGCGCUGACGCCCCGCUGCAGCCACAGGACGUGAUUCUGACCAGCGGCUGCAGUCAGGCCAUUGACCUGGCGAUAAGCGUCCUGUGUAACCCAGGGGACAACAUUCUGGUCCCGUGUCCAGGCUUCUCCUUGUACAAGACUCUGGCUGUCUCCAUGGGCAUCGAGGUCAAACUCUACAACCUACUGCCAGAAAAAUCAUGGGAGGCUGAUGUACUUAUGUUGGAGAGCUUGAUCAAUGAGAGAACUUCCUGUUUGAUUGUUACCAAUCCCUCCAAUCCCUGUGGAUCAGUCUACAGCAAAGAACACCUGGAGAAGAUCGUCAGUGUGGCGUCCAAACACCACGUUCCCAUCCUGGCUGAUGAGAUUUACAGCAACAUGGUUUUUCCAGGUUGCACGUUUCACUCGGUGGCGUCGGUGAGCAGAGACGUUCCCGUCCUGUCCUGUGGUGGUCUGGCAAAAUGCUGGAUGGUUCCUGGAUGGAGGAUGGGCUGGAUCCUGAUCCAUGACAGGAAUGAUGUUUUUGGACCUGAGAUUCGACAGGGUCUGUUGAAGCUGAGUCAGCGUAUUCUGGGCGCCUGCACCAUCGUGCAGGGCGCGCUGGAAAGCAUCCUGAAGAACACGCCUAAAAGCUUCUACGAUAAAACCAUCAGCUUCAUCAGGUCCAACUCAGAGAUUUGUUUCAGUGAGCUGUCCACUGUCCCUGGUCUGAAGCCAGUCAUGCCUUCAGGAGCCAUGUACCUCAUGGUGGGGAUCGACAUGGAUCACUUUCCAAGUUUUAAGGAUGAUGUGGACUUCACUGAACGACUGGUGACUGAGCAGUCUGUCUUCUGUCUUCCAGCCUCGGCUUUUGAGUAUCCAAACUUCUUCCGCAUCGUGGUGACGGUUCCGGAGGAGCUGUUGGUGGAGGCUUGUGGUCGGAUCGGAGAGUUCUGCCGGCAGCACUACAGGCCAGGCAGCGGCAACGCCACAGCGCUGGACCUUUGACUGGGCUCAGACCAGAUCUGUUCAUCCAUUAGAGACUGAAAUAUAAAAAUUUGAUAUCAGUCUGUGUGUACGGCAGCGUGCGCGAUUUGGUGAUUGAACUAAUUUUUGCAUAAUCCACAUGAAAUUAACCAAAUUAUUCAUAUUUCUAUUUAUACCACCAAAUGGUGUGGAAUUGUUUUUGUGUAUUUGUAAAGUCGUCUUGUGCAUGAAAAGUGAUGCUGAUCAAACCAGCAGCUUUGUCUUCACAUACUGUGCUCAUGUUUCAGUAACAUUCUGAAGUAUUCAGGGCAGAAUAACUUUUAAACUUACUGAGUUAUGAAAUGAAUAAAAGCAAGAUUCCACCUGGAAGUCAACCAAAGCACAACGUCCACAUCAUUCAUCCAAGAACAGAUAUUCUAGUUGGAUCAGUUCUGGGAGCGAGCGCUGGUACGGUAUCCACCACAUGAUGGAACUACACUGGGUCCUGGAUGACAACCAGCAGACAACCCAGACAAGGUCACAUGGGUGUGACCUCAGUUCAGCACUUUCACCACAUACAGACACACUUCUUAUGGACAGGUCCUGGAUCUGAGUCUGGACCCAGGAUGAUCACAAACCCAGAUUCCUCACUCACCUUCUCAACUGCUACAAUCAGAGAAUCCACUGAGUCCACAAAGAUCACAGCUUCAUCUGAGUGCUGCAGUUUCCUGAGGGACUUUGUCCAAGAUUGUGAUGUGCCAAAAAUGUUCGAUGUGCAACCCGUUACCUGCCAAGACUUUUGGUCAACACUCAGGCCUUUCUUGAUGAUAACUUGAGUUGCAAAGCUUCUGUGAUAAAACAAAAACACUAUUUAAGAAAGCUAGUUUGGAUUCUGACAUUCUGAGUAAUUAUUAACCUAAUUCGAAUUUACCUGUAUAAUUUACCCGUUUGCUAACCAGCGUCUUGCCUUUCUGUCACAAUCUGAUCUUUGUGAACCUUUGCACUUGGCACGUAGGGUUCAUCAUUCCACACAGACUGCACUCCGGAAGAUGAUGAAUGAUUUAUUGAUGGUCAUGGAUGCAGAUUCUACACCAGUGUUGCUGCUGGUGUUGGAUUUGAGUGCAGGGUUUGACAUACAACCCCAAUUCUAAUGAAGUUGGGACGUUGUGUAAAAUGUAAAUAAAAACAGAAUACAGUGAUUUUCAAAUCCUCUUCAACC